GUUUUUUCUUUGUUUUACCUUUGAUUCGAUGAGUUCUGAAUUCCGCCCCUUUGUUCCUGUGCUUUCAUCUGUUUGAGCACGAUUCUUUGGCAGAUUUUUCUGUCAGGAUCUACUGGAUGGAAGGCUUGGAUCAAGCCUUGCCUCCAGAUCCGAGUCCAUGCUCGUCGGUUGGCUGCGCAAAUAUCCGAGAAGGGUCCUUGUUGAGGAUUUGUUUUGGGGUGUGUUUUCCGGCAUCCCACAGUGGGGUGGAACCGUGGAAGGUUCUGAUUUUGAGAAUUUUCUUUUAGUUUUGUCUUGUGUUCACUCAGAAUCACCUUCUUCCGAUAGGGUUUAAUCAUCGGUUCCCCGCGCUUCCUGCUGUCGGUGAAGCUUCGUCUUCGCUGAUGUCUUCCGCUGCUAUUAGUGAGCGCCUCACCCACUGCCUCGGAAGCUGCUGGCGUCGAUUCCAGUGCAGAGUCUAUGAAUUUAGAGGAGCGUCUCGUUGCCCUUCUCGGUGCAUGCCCAUCGAUGAGGGUCGUCCUUCAAAUCCAUGCCCAAGUCAUCACAAACGGCCUCUCCAAGCAGCCCAACUUCUUAACCAGCCGAUUCAUAGCCUUUUGCUCGUCGUCUCCUCUCGGCGACGUCAGAUACGCGCGUGCUGUCUUCGACCGAGUCGUGCGCCCUAGCGUCUUCAUGUGGAACUCGAUGAUCAGGGGUUGCUCGAUCACGGGAAAUCUGGCUGCCAACGAUGGCUUUUCACUAUACAAGAGGAUGCAUUCCGAGAAUGAGGCGAAACCCAACAGCUUUACAUUCAACUUUGUGCUAAAGUCGUGCGCGGCGGCUGUAGCGGUUGAGGAAGGGAAGGAGGUGCAUGCCCAUGUCGCGAAGAGCGGCUGUUUUUGGAGUCCUCACAUCAGGACGACGAUGGUGAGCAUGUACGUGAAGUGCGGAGAAGUCUCAGAUGCGCAGCAAGCGUUUGACGAAAUGACCGAGAGGAGUCUGGUGGCUUGGAGCGCUCUGGUGAGUGGGUAUGCCAGCGCUGGGAUGACUACAAAGGCGCUUGACCUGUUUCGUGACAUGCAAUUGGCCGGGGUGACGCCGGACGAAGUGACGCUGGUCGGCGUGAUUUCUGCGUGUGCACAGGCGGGGGCCUUGAAAAUGGGAAGGUGGGUUCAUGCCUACGUGGAGAAGCGCACGGUACAGUUGGACGUGGUGCUGGGGACUGCCCUCGUCGAUAUGUAUUCUAAGUGUGGGUGCAUCGAGACAGCUCGCCAGCUGUUUGUUGAAAUGCCUCGGAGGGAUACCAUGUUGUGGACUUGCAUGAUAAUGGGGUUGGCUGCUCAUGGCCUUGCAUGCGAUGCGUUGGAAGUCUUUUCUCAGAUGAAGUUGGAGAAUGUGAGACAAGACGCCGUUACGUUCAUCGCCGUGCUCUCAGCGUGUGCCCAUGGAGGGCUUGUGGCCGAGGGCAAGUCCUGUUUUGACUUGAUGAUUAAGAAUGGAAUUUCACCGCAGGUGGAGCAUUAUGCAUGCAUGGUCGAUCUUCUUUGCCGUGCUGGGCAAGUAGAUGAGGCCUAUGAAUUUGUAAGAGACAUGCCGCUGAAGCCUAAUGCGGUUAUGUGGAGGACAUUGUUGGUCGCCUGCAGGAAUAGUGGUAACGUUACUAUGGGGGAGGCAAUUGGUAAAUGUCUUUUAGAGGCGGAACCAUUCAGUGGAGAAAAUUAUGUCUUGUUUUCCAAUCUUUAUGCUGCUUGUUCGAGAUGGGAGGAGGUUGGUAUCGUGCGGAAAAUGAUGAAACAAAGAAGGGUCAAGGCAAACCCCGGAUGCAGUUCAGUCGAGAUUGACGGUGUGGUUCUUGAAUUUCUCAAGUGGGAUGAGUCGUAUCCACGGGCGAAGGAGCUAUAUUCUGUAUUGCACCAUCUCAUGUUAGCCGUCAGGAAUGGGGGGUAUGAUGAGUUUAGGACAUCCGCGGUUCUGCGUGAUAUUGGAGACGAGGGGGAUUUUCUCUCAGAGCGGACAGCCAAACGUUGCUUCUGAUAUUUGGAUUAAUGGAGACAGUCGCUCGCAGUUAUUGAGAUUGCGAAGAACCUGUUGGCUACUGUCGUGGAGUUUUAAGAUCAUUGGCGAGGUUUGUGAUCUAGAAAAAAACUAUCGUUGGAUUUUGAAUUGGGUUCCAUCACUUUGCUUGGUGGGAUGUACUCAUGUAACGGAUGCUGGUGAAGUGCUCCUUCUCCCCUGGCUGGAAAUAGAUGACACUGUUGCGUCUAAGCCCCGCCCGACGCCGGAGAUAGAAAUUACGGGCUGAAGAGGCAUUAAGAAAAUUGGAAACCCUUGGGGCACCAAAUGAGCAAAUAGUUGAGAGCGUUUUGCAGCACCCUGUGGGUAAAUGCCCCACAUAUGCCUACAUGUGGCUCGGCCACUGGUCUAGCCUGCCUCUCUCCAACAAAUGGAAGCUCCCUUCAACAAAUGAAACUCUUGGAUGCGCAUUCCUUUUUGCCUUCGUCUGCGCAUAGCCUAUCUCUUUCUCUCCAACAAAGGUGUAUGCUUUUCAUCGUAGUCUCUGUAUAGUUGCGAGCAUUUUGCAGCACCCUGUGGGUAACUGCCGCACAUCUGCCUACAUGUGGCUCGGCCACUGGUAUAGCCUGCCUCUCUCCAACAAAUGGAAGUUCCGUCCAACAAAUGAAACUCUUUGAUGCGCAUUCCUUUUUGCCGUCAUCUGCGCAUAGCCGAGCGCUUUCUCUCCAACAAAGUUGUAUGUUUUUCAUUCUAGUCUCUGUAUUCUUCAAUUGAAGAAUGAAUUAUAAAUAUAAAGGCAAACGAGAA